CUUAUUGGCUAGAGCUCUGCGCGCGUUCUGUGCUUGUGUACAGCAGAACGCAGUAGCGCGCAGGUCAGCGGGAAUGCGCACUGAAGUGAGCGUCUGUCAGCAACGGAAACCUUCAAAGCAGUGCGGAUUCAUACUUUGGAUGUACCAACAACAUCUAAGGCACAUUUUCGCAGAAAGCUGCCAUUAAGAAUUUUGAGGGAAGCUGGUGGUUUUAGGCAGUCACAGGAAGCUGACCAUCACCACCUCCUCAUGAUGCACAUGAACAGCUUGUUGAACCGAUGGAAUUAUGUAGGUGUGAGGAGUUGUUGAGAGGCUUGAGAGUACGAAUGGAAAUGGAGGCGAUAAAUCAGAUAUUUAUAUCUACUGAGAUGAGAUCUCUAAGAUGUGUGAAGUAGUCGACACUCCAGAACCGGUCAGUCCCACGCUGCUCAACGAGUCCACAGACACCUACUGCCAGACCGACUGCUGGCACCGGCUCCGCACCACCGUCCGCAAGCUAGAGUUCUGGGAAGACUUUAGUGCAGAGCUUAUCGGAACCGGCUUCUUUUCUAAGGUCUACAAGGUGAUGCACGGCACCACGAAGAAGGUGAUGGUGGUGAAGAUCUACAAGAAUGACGUGGAUCAGAACAGCAUCGUGAGGGAGAUCAGUCUACUUCAGAAACUCUCCCACCCCAACAUAGUGAGGUACCUUGGGAUCUGUGUCAAGGAGAACAAGUUGUACCCAAUUCUCGAGUAUGUGAGCGGAGGCUGUCUGGAGGAGCUGCUGGCCAGGCAUGACGUCAACCUCUGCUGGAGAGAGAAGAUCGAACUGGGCUGUGAUAUUAGCCGAGGAAUGACCUAUCUCCAUUACAAGAACAUCUACCACAGAGAUCUCAACUCUAAGAACUGCCUAAUCCGUGUGACCUCGCGUGGCAGGGAGGCUGUGGUCACUGACUUCGGGCUGGCCAGAGAAGUGGGGGAUCUGCCUGCAAAUGACCCCGACAGGAAGUUGUCUCUGGUGGGGUCGGCCUUCUGGAUGGCUCCUGAAAUGCUUAGAGGAGAGCCGUACGACCGCAAGGUUGAUGUCUUCUCUUUCGGGAUCAUGUUGUGCGAGAUCUUAGCGAGAAUCCCUGCCGACCCAGAAGUGCUGCCCAGGACAAAGGACUUUGGGCUGGAUGUGGACUCGUUCAGAGAGCUGGUGCAGGGCUGCCCAGAGCGGGUUCUGGAACUCUCCGCCAGCUGUUGUCAGAUGGAUGCAUUCCGAAGACCAUCCUUCUCUGAGCUCCUGGAUGAGCUGGAGGACAUCAUUGAGACGCUAGAGCCACCAGACAACAACCUAGCCACAGGGUGAUCUCGCAAAUCCACCCUAACAAACCCCUGGACUGAAGGAUUUAAGGGACUGUGCUACAUGAGAGUCUGCAGCAGUGGACCGUGACUGGCACUCUGUUCUCCCAUGAGUAGAAUAUACAGGAGAAUGUCUGGUAAUUGAGGACAAAACCACUCAACUGAAUGUUCGCUCAAUAACCAGUUCUGGACGCUUUCCCUGCAGCGUGUGACACCGAAUGAUGCGAGAGCCAUUUGAAAGGCUGAAUUUUACCUUUUCUAUUUUAUAUUUCAUAUAGAUGAAAAUAAUAUGAUUCUUUAGGGACCAAGCUGUAGGCAAUUUUUUUUAAAGACCAAAUUCUCUACAGACCAUUCCUGAUUUAUAUGCAUUUCAGGAAAGUAUGAGUUGACUUUUUUUGUAUAGAAAAUUAGUUUAAAAAAAUAUACAGCAGAGGUUGCACAAACCUGGAACUGACCAGACCAGAGAAAUUAAGCUGUCCUAUAUUUGAUUUCACCUCUUAAUAUUUUUGUUUAUAAAAACUAGCAUAUUCUGUCAGCACACUUGCUUAUUUGACAUGCACUGUUAAUGUCACCUAUUUAUGCCUUGUUGUACUUGCCAUGUCGCCUGUUUUUCCCACUGUUUACAUUCAUAAGCUCUAAAAUAUCCUGCUAAAUUUCUCAAAAAUAUGGCUGUAAAGAUGCAUUUUGAAAACAGUUUACGCACAAAUACAUACUGUAUUGCUGAAUGAAAAUUCAGUUCAUUUAGUCAUAAAAGCUGAACAAUCACACAAAAAGUAACAGUGCAGAGCUGUUUGUUAACAGACUACAUUAAGGGCUGUGGAGUAACUUUUCUCAGGUCACACGGGGGUUUUAAAUAUGUGAAUAUUCUCAUAUUAGUUGGGUCUUGUACUUUGUAUUUGUACAUAUAUUUGUAUAGUCCUUUCUUAGAUGUUUAAACUAGUGUUUCUAAACAAGAAUCUAUUUUGUUUACUGACUUAUUCCUGACUCUAUUUGUGUAUAUGGUGCUUGGUUACAUUUAAAUAUGUAUAUUUCUAGUUUAUUAGUUACACCAAUAAAAGCGUAUUGAUUCGUUUUCAA